AUGAAGAUCGGUGUCAUUUUUCUUACGGUGACCAGUCUCUUACUAGCAGAGUGUCACUCGUUGGCCAUAGAUAAAAAGCUCAGUUUGAAAAUUACGGCCGAUGUACUUACUCUUUUAACAGGAAACUUCUUUGACAUACCAAUCGACUAUUUAGAAGACAUUGGAAACCAGUUAAAUAAACUCGAUCAAGUGUUGAAGGACGAAAGCCGAUGUCACAAUCGUCGUAUAAGUAACGCCGGCCAAACGACCAUUAGACAUUUGCAGAAUUUCGCGGAGUGUCUAGUCGAUGUUACAAAAUACAGCAAUACAGAUUUACCGGUUAGUGUCAAUUCAAUAUUGGAAACCAUUACGGACUUGUUGGAUCCCGAUUUAUUGACCGUUAGGUACAUGAAGAUUAUUUUACAAAACAAUUUUCAAACUCAGUGUGAGGUGUUGAUACACGACAUCGAGGAAUUUACGAAGACAGAUCAAGAAUGUCUUCAGAGUCAUACAAUUCACGAAUGCGUGAAACGUGAUGGUUCUGACAAUUUGCGAGAAGCACUGAAUUGUAUUAUUUGAAUUGUGAGAAAGUUUAUAUACGAUGUAUAUACUUGCAAACUGUAUGAAAACCUUAACAUCAUUCCACAAUUCCCAAUCAUAGUUCCGUUUCCCAGCUUGAUAAUAUAAAAUUACAAUUU